AUGUCGCUGAGCAACGAGCAACUGGAGGCCUUUGAGCGGGAUGGGUACCUGGUCAUUCCCGACUUCACAUCCCGCGAGGAGGUGGCUGCGAUGCGUUCCCGGGCUCUAGAGCUGGUGGCUGGCUUCCAGCCCCCCAAGGCCGUCUCUGUGUUCGACUCCAAGGACCAGACCAGCAAGGUGGACCAGUACUUUUUGGACAGCGCCGGUGCCAUCAGCUUCUUCUUCGAGGCGGGGGCCUUUGAUUCCCAGGGCGCCCAGGUCAAGCCCAAGGAGCUGGCCAUCAACAAGAUUGGGCACGCCCUGCACGACCUGGACCCGAUCUUCCAGGCCUGGUCCUACUCGCCCCGAGUCUGCGCCCUGGCGCAGAGCCUGGGCCUGCGCCGCCCGCUGCCCAUGCAGUCCAUGUACAUCUUCAAGCAGCCCGGGAUCGGGGGGGAGGUGGUGCCCCACCAGGACAGCACCUUCCUCUUCACCGACCCGCCCUCAGUGGUGGGCUUGUGGCUGGCCCUGGAGGACGCCACACUCCAGAACGGCUGCCUCUGGGCCAUCCCGGGGUCACACAAGGCGGGGGUGGCGCGGCGCUUCCUGCGCGCCCCCGACGGCCGCCUGGCGUUCGACGCGCCCCCCGCUGUGCACGCUGAGGCCGACUUCGUGGCGCUGCCCAUGCCCGCCGGCGCCCUGGUCCUGCUCCAUGGCGCCCUGGUGCACCGCAGCGACGAGAACCGGUCGCCGGCCUCGCGCCACGCCUUCUCGGUGCAUGUGCUGGAGGGCGCGGCGGGCACGCGCUACCCCGCCACCAACUGGCUGCAGCGGCCGGCGGGCAUGCCCGUGGCACCGCUGUACGAGCCGGCCGCAGUAGAGGCGGCGUGA